UUGAACGAUUAUGAUUAUCGCAAAAAUACCACUUUGUCGCCUAUAAAAGUUAAAGUGUACGAUUGCAGGGCAGUUAGUUGUAGAUGCUUCGCAAUGAAGCUGUCAGUUAUCGUGCUAAUUUUUGGUCUGGCCAUUUUGGCAAAUGGAGACUACACAAAUCCUCACUGGCAAAGUGGCAGAAGUGCUAUGGUUCACCUUUUUGAAUGGCGGUGGCCUGACAUUGCAGCUGAGUGUGAAAAUUUCCUAGCACCGAACGGAUACGCUGGUGUCCAAGUGUCGCCAGCUAAUGAACACAAUAUAUUUAACGACGGAAGAUCUUGGAUGGAACGUUAUGGUCCGAUGAGCUAUAUUUUAACAACAAGAUCGGGCAAUGAAGCCGCUUUUGCGAGCAUGGUGCGAAGAUGUAACAAUGUCGGUGUUCGAAUCUAUGUUGAUGUAGUCUUUAAUCAUAUGACAGGAUCGGCAGAAAUAGGAUCGGCAGGCUCGAGAGCUAAUUUGGCUACACGCGAUUAUUACGCUGUUCCGUAUACACGGGAACAUUUUAAUCCAGUGUGCCAGAUCCAUAACUGGGCUAAUCCAAUUGAAGUUCGGAAUUGCGAACUGCUGGGAUUGCCCGAUUUAAAUCAAGGUCAUGAGUGGGUUCGAACAAAAAUCGUUGACUUCCUAAAUCAUUUGAUUGAACUUGGUGUUGCCGGAUUUAGAGUUGAUGCCAUGAAACAUAUGUGGCCUGGAGAUUUAGAAAUUAUUUGGAGUCGAUUGAGGAACUUAAACACAGCCCAUGGAUUUGCUGCUAACCAACGUCCAUUUUCUGCUGGUGAAGUAAUUGGUGGAGAUGGCAGUGAAAAUUUCCAUGCAAGCGAAUAUUUCGGUUUAGGAACUGUGACAGAAUUUAGAUACGGAGAAAAUCUAUCCAGGGUGUUCGGCGGACAAGAUAAUUUGCGAUGGUUACAAAAUUUUGGUGAAGGAUGGGGAUUUUGGACGUCAAGACAUGCACUCACCUUUAUCGACAAUCACGACAACCAACGAGACGGACAUGUAUUGACUUACAAGAAUGGUAGACUGUAUAAAAUGGCAACCGCUUUCCAUUUGGCCUGGCCGUACGGUGUGCCACGACUCAUGAGCUCGUUUGCCUUCACCCACCGCGAUACUGGUCCACCAAAUGACGGAAAUGGUAACAUCGUUCCGCCAGCAUUUAAUGCAGCUGGUCAAUGCACAAAUGGAUGGGUGUGUGAACACAGAUGGCCGCAAAUUGCAAAUAUGGUUGGUUUCCGUAACGCUGUUCAAGGCACUGGCGUAAAUAAUUGGUGGGACAAUCAGUCCAAUCAAAUAGCGUUUUCGCGUGGUAUUCGUGGAUUCAUUGCGUUUAAUGGUCAAUAUGGCGUCGACCUUCGUCAAACACUUCAAACUGGACUGCCAGGCGGUACUUACUGCGACAUUGCGACUGGUAACAAAGUUGGAAAUUCUUGUAGUGGAACAUCUGUUUUGGUUCAAGCGAAUGGCGUUGCAGAUAUAUUCUUAAGUGCUAGUGUGCCCGAAGGAUUUUUAGCUAUCCACGCCAAUACUAGACUGUAAAGCCAUGUUUCGAAAAGUAUUUUUGUUGAAUAGAUGAUAGAUGAAUCAAUUCGCGUUUUACUUUGUU